UAAAUACGUUUGCCUUCACUGCAAUUCUGAUGAUCAGUCGACAGUUGACACUGCAUACAAAGGCCGCGUGUGUGUUCUUAAAAAAACAUUAUUAUAACUAAAAAUGUACACAACAAAGCGGCUGAAUAACGUAGAAACUCGUUUAAUAACGUUUGGUGAUCCGUUCAAGUGCACUUCCGAAGUGAUUGUUGUUAUUACUGGGUGCCCGGGAAUACCGGACUUCUACUGGGAGUUCGCGGACCAAUUGCACCGUUGUACUCAACUACCUGUCUGCGUUGUUGGUCACGCUGGUCACGACGACAUAGAAUACCCGAAUGCUGCCUCAAGUAAGAGCCUCUACGAUAUAAAAGGCCAGAUAGAACAUAAAUUGGAUUUAAUAAACAACCAUUUCGAUAAAAAGAAGAAACUGCAUCUCAUCGGACACUCGAUCGGAGCCUGGCUACUGAUGGAACUCCUACACAAAAACGACCAUCUCAUAAAAAGAAUAUCUUCAGUUAACUUAUUAUUUCCAACGCUGCAAAACUUCUCGGAAACCAAAAAUGGAAAACUCGUAAACAAUUUUAUAAGAUACCUCCACGGAAUUAUACUUUUAUUUUUGUUUAUUAUUCAGUUACUUCCAUCAAUUAGACUGGUCGGCAUCAAAGUUUAUUUGUACUUGAAUUCAUUACCUUCGUAUUACGUGAAGCGAGUAACGAUAUAUCUUAAUCCUUUGUUGCAAGAAAAAUCUAUGCUGUUAGCUUAUGAGUCAAUGGGGAGGAUAAGACAACUUAAUACAGCAGCUAUUAAGAAAGUUAAGCAUAUUAAGACUAACAUAGUGUACAGUACACAAGAUGAAUGGGUACCGAUGCAUCACAUACAAGAUUUGAAGAACUUAGUACCUCACUUCACGUUCAAACAAGUCAAUGUAGAUCACGCCUUUGUUUUAAAAUCGUCUGUGCUCGUUGCCAAAGUUGUGAGCAAUUUAAUUUUAAACAAUGGUAACCGUUCAAUACGUAAUUAAACACUCGAAAUAAUUAAUUGAGUUGUUUGAGUUAAUAAUUACUGAAACAGUUAUUUGUACGUAGAUUUAUAAUUAAUUUAUAAUAAUGUGUACAGAAUUAUUGUUGGAAUAUAAAGUGUAAGUCAAUAUUUUCUUUUUUUAUUGUUUUGAUUCGUCGGUAUACUG